AUGGACCCUAAACAGAUUAUUAACGAAGCAGAAAAGUUAUUGAAACCUCAACUGGGAUUGAUGUCAUUCUUCUCAGGAGGAUCUCAAAGCUAUAGAUCAGAAGAAGCUACGGAUUUAUACAUCCAGGCUGCCAAUCAAUAUAGAUUAAUGAAAGACUUUGAUAAUGCUGGUAAACAAUUUGUUAAGGCUGCUAACAUUCAAAAAUCAUUAAAGAAUCAUAAUGACGUGGCUAAUAACUUAGUUGAAGCCUAUAAAUGUUUCAAAGAUGUUUCACCUCAUGAAGCUAUCGAUUCUUUGAGUCAAGCUAUUCAUAUCUUCUUAACUCAAAACGGUCAAUUUAGAAGAGCUGCUAACUUCACUUUGGAUUUGGGUGAAUUAUAUGAAGGUAUUAAUGACUUACCUAAUGCUAUUAAGAGUUAUGAACAAGCUGGUGAUUACUUUAUCACCGAUAAUGCUGAAGCCUUAUCCAAUAAAGCUUUCUUAAAAUGUGCUGAUUUAAGUGCUUUAUCAGGAGAUUACAACAAAUCUGUGGAAUUAUAUGAUAACAUCAUCAAGAAAUCUGUUGGAAAUUCUUUAUCCAAAUGGAAUUUAAAGGAUUAUUUCUUGAAAUCAAUCUUAUGUAUAUUAUGUCUUGGGGAUUCUAUUGAAGCUUCAAAGAAAUUGAACUACUUCUUAUCAGAAGAUCCAUCAUUCGAAUCCACCAGAGAAUAUAGAUUAAUCAAUGAUGUGUUGGAAUCUAUCCAACAAGGGAAUAUCGAUAUGUUCACUGAUAAGGUAUACGAAUAUGAUCAAUUUAGUAAGUUAGAUAAGUUGAAGACUCAAUUAUUAUUGAAGAUUAAGAAUUCUGUAGUUGAGCCUGAAGAUGAUGAUUUAUUAUGA